GAGACGAUGGGGAGGCGGGCGCAGUCGACCCAAGGGUGGAGAAGGAGGAAGGCGAAGGACGCGCGUUCCCGGGCUCGUGACCGCCGGCAGCUCCAGGAACCCGCACCCAGACAGCCCAGGAGAGAUGGCAGGCGGCAGGGACCCGCGCGUCGUGGACAUCCUCCACCUGCUGCUGCUGGUGGCCGCCCUACCCCUGGCAGUCCGGGGGGUCCGUCGGGGCGCGGUAGACUGGACCCAGGAGAAGAAUUAUCACCAACCAGCCCUUCUGAAUGUAUCGUCUCUUCGGCAAGUUGCAGAAGGCACCAGUAUUUCUGAAAUGUGGCAAAAUGACUUACGACCAUUGCUGAUAGAGCGAUAUCCUGGAUCGCCUGGAAGCUUUGCUGCUCGCCAGCACAUCAUGCAGAGAAUUCAGAGACUUCAAGCUGACUGGGUCUUGGAAGUAGACACCUUCUUGAGUCAGACGCCCUACGGGUACCGGUCUUUCUCGAAUAUCAUCAGUACCCUCAACCCCACUGCCAAACGACACUUGGUCCUCGCCUGUCACUAUGACUCCAAGUAUUUUCCUCACUGGGACCACAGAGUGUUUGUGGGAGCCACUGAUUCAGCUGUGCCGUGUGCAAUGAUGCUGGAACUUGCUCGGGCCUUAGACAAGCAACUCUCUUCCUUGAAGAAUAUCUCAGACUCAAGGCCAGAUCUCUCACUCCAGCUAAUUUUCUUUGAUGGAGAAGAGGCUUUUCAUCUCUGGUCUCCUCAGGAUUCUCUGUAUGGGUCUCGCCACUUAGCUUCCAAGAUGGCGUCAACACCACAUCCACCUGGAGCAAGGGACACCAACCAGCUGCAUGGCAUGGAUUUAUUGGUCUUACUGGAUUUAAUUGGAGCUCCAUACCCAACAUUUCCCAACUUUUUCCCAAACACUGCCAGAUGGUUUGGUAGACUUGAAGCAAUUGAACAUGAACUCCGUGAAUUAGGUUUGCUCAAGGAUCACUCUUCGGAGAGGUGGUAUUUCCGGAAUUCUGGUUAUGGAGGUGUGAUUCAGGAUGACCAUAUUCCAUUUUUAAGAAGAGGUGUUCCAGUUUUGCAUCUGAUAUCAUCUCCUUUCCCUGAAGUCUGGCACACCAUGGAUGACAAUGAAGAAAAUUUGGAUAGAACAACCAUUGACAAUCUAAACAAAAUUCUACAAGUAUUUGUGUUAGAAUAUCUUCAUUUGUAAUAUUCUGGUUUAGUUUACUGGUAAACUAAAUAUUCUGGUGAUUGCAUCUAGUAUCAUAUUCAAAAGUCAAGGAAUCCUUUAAAAUAAUCUGACUCUAGACAAUGCUGUGUGGAAACUUCUAUCCUAUAGAUUCUUUCUGUAGGUAUCUUUGAAUAUCCUAGAUUUAUGUCAUGUCCAAAUUGCUCAUUAAUUUUCAUCUUGUGAUAAAGAGAAAUGUAAGAAAAACUGAAGAUACAUAUCUUUAAAAAAACUCCUUUAGAUAAGAAACUAUGAAGCUAAAUCAGAUGCAUAUAGUUAAUAUCAUGGUCUUCUAAAAUAGUAUUUAAUAUGAUGGUCAGGUGCAAUGUGUAGCCUUAGUUUUAUGAUUUUCUUAUACUUGCAAAUCUGUUGCAUAUAAAACAAAACAGCAGUUUGAGGACUCAAUCUCUUUGAGAAAUCUUUGUAUGGUUUAUUUUAUGGAAAUUAAAUCAAAAUUAAAUGCCA